UUUUUAAACAAAUACCCAUUUUUUGUCUCCGCAGAGACAAAUACCCGUUAUUCGCGUUUGUGCAAGAGUCUCUCUUUUUCUUCUUCAUAUCUUGGUAGCUGCUAGUGUCAGCGCUAGUGGUUACGCAAAAAAAAAUUGUUUUUUUCAGGGUUUCGGUUCUUCGGGGGAUUCUUGAAUUGAAUUGAUUCUUGGGUUUUCAUUUUUUUUUCUGGGUGUGAUUUGUUUUUACGAUAUUAAUAACCAAAUUAAAAUUUAAAGAAACGAAAAACAAUAACAAAAUGGUUAUUUCUUCUGAUGAGAACAAGUCCAAUGCAGUCAUGCCCAGGAAUUGUCAAGGUGGUGGAAGAAAUGCUGGGCAGAAUAGGAGAACUUUGAGUGUGAUCAAUCAGAAUCUUGUGCAGGGUCGACCUUACCCUUGUGUUGUUAACAAGAGGGCGUUGGCUUCUGAUAAACAUGAGAUUUGUGAAAAGAAACAGGCUGAUCUGGGACAUCGACCCAUCACAAGGAGAUUUGCUGCAAAAAUUGCUGGUUCACAGCAGCAAUCUCAUGCUGAGAAACCUAAGAGUUCAAAAUCCAAUGUGUUUGGAAAAGCCAUAGCUGUUGAUGAUGAACACAAGACACCAGCAGACCAACCUGUGCCUAUGACUUUAGAGCAAACUGAACCAAUCCAUGGUGAUCCUCAUGAGAUGGAAGAGGUUGAGAUGGAGGAUAUCGACGGAGAGGGGGUUUUGGACAUUGAUGGCUGUGAUGCAAAUAAUGCUCUUGCUGUUGUGGAAUAUAUCGAAGAUCUUCAUUCUUACUACAGAAAAAUUGAGUGCAUUGGCUGUGUUUCACCGACCUAUAUGGAAGAUCAAGCUGACCUUAAUGAGAGGAUGAGGGCUAUACUAGUUGACUGGCUUAUUGAGGUGCAUGACAAAUUUGACCUCAUGCAAGAGACAUUGUUUCUUACAAUUAAUCUCAUAGACCGAUUCUUGGCAAAGCAGAAUGUCGUAAGAAAGAAACUUCAGCUGGUUGGUCUUGUUGCCAUGCUUUUGGCAUGCAAAUAUGAGGAAGUUUCCGUUCCUGUCGUUUCGGAUCUAAUCCAUAUCUCUGACAAAGCUUACUCAAGGAAGGAACUUCUCCAAAUGGUAACAGUUUUUCAAUCUUGUAAUAAUGACUUCUUACGUUUGUUGGAUCCACGCAAUUUAAUAUACCUAAUUGUCGAGAUUUCUUUCCAAACACCGCAGGAGAAGCUGAUGCUCAACACACUGCAGUAUAACAUGUCUCUACCAACAGCAUAUGUUUUCAUGAGAAGGUUUCUCAAGGCUGCUCAAGCUAACAAAAAACUUGAGAUGGCAGCUUUUUUCUUGGUAGAGCUAUCUCUGGUGGAUUAUGGGAUGCUGAAGUUUCCACCAUCCUUGGUGGCUGCUGCUGCGGUCUACACAGCUCAAUGCACUGUCAGCGGUUUCAAGCACUGGAACAAAACUUGUGAAUGGCACACCAACUACUCAGAAGAUCAGCUAUCAGAGUGCGCUAAGAUGAUGGUUGGAUUACACCAGAAAGCUGGAACAGGAAAGCUUACCGGAGCGCAUAGGAAGUAUUGCUCGGCGAAAUUUAGCUUCACUGCGAAAUGCGAACCAGCAUGUUUUCUUCUUGAAAAUAACCAGUCAUAGGAGGAGCCAUAGCUGCUUUUGACAAAAGAUACCUUUUGUGUUUUGUGAUUUUCGGGAAGCAUAUAGAGUGCAACUUUGGUUGCUCUCUGAUGUUAAUUACUUCAUUUAUUUUUUUGGUCAUUUUGUUUUCCUUUUUAUGUUCAAUAAUUGAACAUAAAAAUAAUUCAGAACUUGUGUAUUUUUCUCUUUGAACAAAAUAAUGGGAUAUAGCAACAAUUACAUAUUGCUGCAUAUCAUCCCCGUUUCAUUUGAUACUUUAAUACCUUUUAAGUUGUGAAUAUGCAACUUCAAUUCAUUUUUAUCAUUGGUAUGAACUGUGAUUGAUUGGAAUAGUGAACCAUAUUUUGGAAUAUAUCAGUGUUUUUUA